AUGGUGGUACACAUCUUUAAUCGCAGCUCUCAGGAGUGGAAGAUCAGGCAUGACACCUUCGUGGUGUGCUGUAAAUUCUCUCCCGACGGGAAGUACGUGCUCUCUGCCUUGGACGUGGAUCGAGGGAUCUGCUUAAUGGAUCCAAAUAACAUCACCACCGUGAUCCAGGUCAAAGGUCACCACAAAAGGUCCAUCACAGCCUGCUGCUUUGACCCUGACAGCCAGAAGGUGGCUUCCGUCUCUAUGGACAGGUGUAUCAAGAUCUGGGAUAUCACCUCUCAGGCCACGCUGUUUACCAUACCCAAGGCACACGCCAACACGAUCUCGGACUGCUGCUUCAACUUCAGUGGCCAUUUCCUGUGUACCAGCUCCUGGGAUAAAAACAUAAAAAUAUGGAAUAUCCACUCGGGGGAGUUCCGAAACCGCGGAGCCUGUGUGACUCUGAUGAAGGGCCAUGAGGGCUGUGUGAGUUCCUGCUGCAUUGCCAGAGACAGCUCUUUUCUCAUUUCUGGUGGGUUUGACAAGACCGUGGCUAUUUGGGAUGUAGGAGACGGCUACCGGAAGUUGUCGUUGAAGGGCCACGAUGACUGGGUGACAGAUGUUGCCGUUAGCAACAGCAAGAAAUGGAUCCUCUCUGCUUCAAAGGACAGCUCCAUGAGACUAUGGAACAUUGAAAAGAUCGACAAAAUCCCUUUGGUGACUGAGAACAAGAGGUCUAUGGGCUGCAAGGUGAAGCAGGUUGGUAUCAGCUUCCUCUCCUCUGACCUGCACAUCGUUUCUGUUUUUGGAAAAUGUCCCCGGCAGUGCAAAAGUUGUGACCAGUUCUUCUACGCCUUUGAGAGUGACUUCUCUUCUCAACUACCCAGCCAGUGUAUGUUCUGUCGGAGAGAAGAGAGGAAAUUAGGGUCUGUUUCUUCUUCAUCAUCACUGGAGGAGAGUAAGGAGAGCUGA